CCCCUCGUCCACAUCCAACCUCUCUGGUUCUCGUUAAAGCGCCCAACACCGUAAGCAGGCCUUUCCGUCCUCAAUCGCGGCACGGAAAUCCAGCCGCAGACAUCUUGUUUUUUUUUCCAAGCAUCCAAACGUGGGUGGCAGCGAGCGAGAGACGAAUAUGGCAUCCAUUUUGAAGCUUAACAGUACUCUAAGUCACUUUCUCUCCCGUGGCAUUUCUCUAAUUGCCCCCAGGACUUACUCAAGCUCUUCUUCGGGCGGUGGUUAUCGUAAUGGCGGUGGUGCAGGAGGACCGCAGCGCAGCUUCGGCAGCGCAGGUUCUCGCUUCGGUGGAAAUCCUCGCUUUGCCAAUACCAAACCGUAUUCGAGGCCUCAAGGUGGCGGUACAGGUGGCUUCGGUAAUAAUCCCAAUACCAACGGAAGUGGCCUGAAAAAACCCAACUGGGAUUACGAGAGUCUUAGACCCUUCAAGAAGGACUUUUAUGUUCCACAUCCGACCGUCCACGGUCGUCACCCUCGAGAUGUGCAGGGUUUCAGGGACACCAACAGCAUUACUCUCAAAGGAGACAAGCUUCCCAAUCCCAUUCAGCUUUUCGAGGAAGGCAAUUUUCCCGAAUACGUAAUGCAAGGCAUCAAAAAGCAAGGUUAUUCUGAACCAACGCCAAUUCAAGCUCAGGGAUGGCCAAUUGCCAUGUCUGGCAAAAAUAUGGUUGGCAUUGCCCAAACUGGAUCUGGAAAAACCUUGGCUUACGUUUUACCAGCCAUCGUUCAUAUCAAUAAUCAACAGCCUCUGAAUCGUGGCGAUGGACCUAUUGCCCUUAUUCUGGCUCCAACUCGAGAACUCGCUCAACAAAUUCAAACAGUAGCUUCUGAUUUUGGAUCGUUGUCCUAUGUUCGAAAUACUUGCAUUUUCGGUGGUGCUCCUAAAGGCGGACAGGCACGCGAUUUGGAACGUGGUGUGGAAAUCGUCAUUGCUACACCAGGCAGGCUUAUCGAUUUCCUCGAACGGGGUACCACCAACUUACGUCGCUGCACUUACCUAGUCCUCGAUGAAGCUGAUAGAAUGUUAGAUAUGGGCUUCGAACCUCAAAUUCGUAAAAUCAUUGAACAAAUCCGACCAGAUAGACAAGUUCUUAUGUGGUCGGCCACGUGGCCCAAAGAAGUUAGAAAUUUAGCUGAAGAAUAUCUUGUUGAUUAUACUCAACUCAAUAUUGGCUCACUUCAGCUGUGUGCCAAUCACAAUAUACUGCAAAUCAUUGAUGUCUGUCAAGAACACGAAAAAGAAGCGAAAUUAGGAACGUUACUUCAAGAAAUCGGUAAUGUCAAUGAUGAUGGCGGCAAAACCAUUAUUUUUGUGGAAACAAAGAAAAAAGUAGAAAGCAUCACAAAAAAUAUUCGGCGGUAUGGAUGGCCUGCAGUAUGUAUGCAUGGCGAUAAAUCUCAACAAGAACGCGAUUAUGUAUUGAGAGAGUUUAGAAACAGGAGAGGAUCAAUACUAGUAGCAACAGACGUUGCUGCUCGUGGACUGGACGUUGAUGAUGUUAAGUACGUCAUAAACUAUGAUUAUCCUUCGUCAUCUGAAGACUACAUUCACAGAAUAGGCAGGACUGGUCGUUGCAAAACUUCCGGUACUAGUUAUGCCUUUUUCACUCCACAAAAUAGCCGUCAAGCCAAAGAUCUCAUAAACGUUCUCAAAGAAGCCAAUCAGAUAAUCAACCCCAAAUUGUCUGAUUUGGCUAUGAAGGGAGGAAACAGUUUUGGAGGAAGAAAUCGUUGGGGAUACCAAGGAGCACGAGGGCGGGAAAACACUUUUUCUGGCACACACAAACGUUUUGACAACAACAGAAACAGUGGAUACAAUAAUUACAGUUGAUUUCUCAAUUCAGAUAUAAGACAUUAAAUCAGAGCAAAGUGCUCCCGAACUUAGAUUUAAUUAUUUGUCUUUAACUGUGAUUAGAUUAAACCUGUUCUCUACAGCGGUUUGCGCGUUUGAAUUUGCUGAUCGUUAUCAUAGUUAUUUUCACUUAUUUAUUACUUUACUAAUCCCUUGUAUCUUGUUUUGUUAGAAUGCAACUGAUUCUAAAAAGAGAACAAAUAAAUAAUUAUAUCGUAAUAGUAGAGGUAACGGUGAAUUAGUAAAAUGAUCGAUGUUCGCAACAGUAGAACGGUGUUCUGACAAUUUUAAUAACUUUGAUGCGAGGGUACAUAAAAGGCAAACUUUCAAAUUUCGGUAGAAAUUGACGAAAUGUAAGUUUGCGUAAUACUGUAUUGGAAUGUAAAUUUAUUACUCCCUUAGUUGAAGCUUAAAACCAUUAAGUACAAACUUUUUGAUACGUACCGUUUUAUUAUUGGCAAAUUGAGGCAUACGGACCAUUAUUACAUAGCAGUAUUCAUUCCAAUAUCUUACAUUAUACUUAUUUGUUCCUUGCUUAGUUUAUUCAAUACGUAUGACUUAAUUAUUAAAAUAAUUAAACUUUGUCACAAGUAAUUACCAUGUUUUUACUUAUGCACAUAUGCUUGGUGAACAAAGCACACUGAUAUUACUCUCAAGGUGUAUCAAAAGUCGUAUAAUAAAAAACUUGAUAUUAA